UCCUGUACUUUCCGCGAUUCGAAAGUCAUCUCGUGAGUUUGAGUUUUCGUCGCUUGAAACCCUACCUUUACUUUGCCGGCGCCGAUCCAUGGCUCGUACGAAGCAGACCGCUCGCAAAUCCACCGGCGGCAAGGCUCCCCGGAAGCAGCUCGCCACCAAGGCGGCGAGGAAGUCGGCCCCUACCACCGGCGGUGUCAAGAAACCUCAUAGGUACCGUCCCGGGACGGUGGCGCUCCGCGAGAUCCGCAAAUACCAGAAGAGUACGGAGUUGCUGAUCCGAAAGCUGCCGUUCCAGCGGCUUGUUCGCGAGAUCGCGCAAGACUUCAAGACGGAUCUACGUUUCCAGAGCCAUGCAGUCCUGGCGCUUCAGGAAGCUGCUGAGGCCUACCUUGUCGGUCUCUUUGAAGACACCAAUCUCUGCGCUAUCCAUGCUAAGCGCGUGACGAUCAUGCCAAAGGACAUCCAGCUCGCUCGCCGCAUCCGUGGGGAGCGCGCUUAAUCGGUGAAAUCCAUCGUUUUCAUGAUUGCUUGGCCUAUGCUGGAAGGAUGUUUGUUGAGCAAUAUUAACUUUUUUUUAUUUAGAAAGACAUUCGAGAACCUUGUUAUAUUAUGGUAGACUGAUUGUAAAUUUAUGGAUUGAUAAUCUCUGGCUAUUUGCACGUUUUUGUAGUUGCCGUUCAUAUUUUGAUAAUAUCUUGCAUUGUUGAA